AUGGCUUCAUUACUCGACGGCGGCAUCGCUUUCAUCACUGGCGCCGGCUCCGGAAUCGGCAGAGCCACUGGCAAACAGUUCGCGCACUACGGAGCCAAAGGGCUCGUGCUGACCGACAUCAAUGAAGCUGGGCUGAAACAGACCAAGGACGAGAUUCACGCGUCCUACCCGGCGGUCGAGAUCGAGACGAUCCAGAUGGACGUGACGAACGAGUCGUCGAUCGUGGCCGCGCACAAGGCCGCUGUCGACCGGUUCGGGCGCAUCGACUACGCGGUCAACAACGCCGGGACGCCGGGACACAUGGUCGCGAGUUCGGAAUCGACCUACGAGCAAUUCAAGUUUGGGAUCGACAUCAACUUGUUCGGCGUGUGGCUGUGUCAGCGGGAACAGUUGAAGUUGAUGGUCUCUCAGCAGCCUAAUCAGAGAGGCGCCAAAGGAUCAAUUGUCAACCUCUCGUCCAUCUACGGCCACACCUGUGGGAAGAACACGACCUCGUACUGCGCGGCCAAACAUGCCGUUCUUGGGAUGACAAAGAGUGACGCCGCCAACUACGCCAAAAGUGGCAUCCGCGUCAACGCCGUGUGUCCUGGGUUCACGGACACCCCGAUGAUCCGCAUGCCAGGUGCGGGCUCCUCGGUCGGGAUGGACGAAUAUCUCCAGACCUGUCCGAUGGGUCGUCUAGGGGAGGCGCGAGAGAUUGCCGACGUCAUUGUCUUCCUGUCGUCUCCGAUGGCCAGCUACGUGACUGGACAGGACAUCCCUGUUGACGGUGGAUUCUUGAUCGUUUGA